UUCUUACAGAAACCAAAAUAAAAGAAAAAGAAAUUAGAGAACUCCUAGAGAGAGAAAAAAUUCCCGAGAAGGGGAGAAAAUUUCCUUCCUAUACGAGACCGGCUUUUUGCUUAAUCAGCUCCGUGUGUAUGACGAGAUGGCGACGCCGGGGAUACAGAACGGUGGCGUUACGGUGAUGGCGGCUGAGCCGGUGGUGGCGCCGGUGGAUCAGAACGGACACUCAGCUGCGGCGCUGAGGCUUUCUUCUCCGAUUAGGAUUUUUUUGUUUUUCCAUAAGGCGAUUCGGACGGAGCUGGACGGCCUGCAUAGGACCGCCUUGGCUUUGGCGACUAAUACAAGCGGCGGCGACAUCAAGCAGUUGAUGGAGAAGUGCCACUUCUUAAGGUCGAUUUACAAACACCACUGCAAUGCCGAAGAUGAGGUUAUAUUUCCUGCGCUUGAUAUCCGUGUGAAGAAUGUGGCACGGACUUAUUCCCUUGAGCAUGAAGGGGAAAGUGUGCUUUUCGAUCAGCUGUUUACAUUGCUUCGAAGUGAUAUGGAAAAUGAGGAAAGCUACAAGAGAGAGUUGGCCUCUUGUACUGGAGCACUUCAAACAUCCAUCAGUCAGCACAUGUCCAAGGAAGAGGAGCAGGUCUUCCCCUUGCUUCGUGAGAAGUUCUCAUUCGAGGAGCAGGCAUCAUUAGUGUGGCAAUUCUUGUGCAGUAUUCCUGUAAAUAUGAUGGCAGAAUUCCUGCCAUGGCUUUCAUCAUCAAUUUCAGCAGAUGAACGGCAGGAUAUGCGUAAAUGCUUGCAGAGAAUAAUCCCGGACGAAAGGCUGCUUCAACAGAUUAUAUUCAACUGGAUGGAUGGGCUAAGGAUGAGCAACAAGCGUAAACGCUGUGAGGAUGUACCUAGACUUUCUAGUGAAAAUGAGAAUGGACAUUGUUCUUGUGAAUUUUCACGGUCUGCUCAAAGUGAUCUUCCACUGUCUGAUUGUAAUGCUACCAGCUCCUCACUAUAUCAUCCGGUGGAUGAUAUAUUGCAUUGGCAUAAGGCUAUCGAAAAGGAACUGAAUGACAUAGCUGAAGCAGCUAGAAGUAUAAAGUUAACUGGAGAUUUCUCUGACUUAUCUGCCUUUAAUAAGAGGCUGCAAUUUAUAGCUGAAGUCUGUAUUUUCCAUAGCAUUGCUGAGGACAAAGUUAUAUUUCCUGCAGUAGAUGCACAAAUGUCUUUUGUCCAGGAGCAUGCAGAAGAAGAGAGUGAAUUUGACAAGUUCAGAUGCUUGAUAGGAAGUAUUGAAAGUGCGGGAGCCAACUCAUCUGCUGAAUUUUAUUCCGAAUUAUGUUCACAGGCUGAUCAUAUAAUGGAGACCAUAAAGAAGCAUUUUCUCAAUGAGGAGAAUCAGGUUCUUCCACUUGCAAGGAAGCAUUUCAGCCCUGGACGGCAGCGAGAACUUCUCUAUCAGAGCUUGUGUGUGAUGCCACUUAGACUGAUUGAGUGUGUCUUGCCCUGGUUGGUUGGGUCGCUGAGUGAAGAAGAAGCUCGGGGCUUUCUUUAUAACCUGCAUGUGGCAGCUCCGGCAUCAGAUACUGCUCUGGUUACUUUGUUCUCUGGCUGGGCAUGCAAAGGUAGUCCUAGAAGAAUGUGUUUGUCUUCUAGUGCAGUUGGCUGUUGUCCUGCAAAGGAACUCAAAGAAACACUAGAGCAUGUUGGCAGAUCUUGUCGUUACUGUGCAUGUGCAAGUACUUCCAAUGAAAGUACAACUUUUGGACUAGCACAUAAGUGUGAGGAGACACUAAAGCAGGGAAACAUAGUCUCUUCAGUGGAAAGUAAUGCUUGCAGUGCAAAAGCUUCUCUCACUAACCAGUCUUGUUGUGUUCCUGGCCUAGGAGUCAAUAGCAAUAAUCUAGGAAUGAGUUCCCUUGCUGUAGCAAAAUCUUUGCGCUCUUUAUCCUUUGGUCCAAGCGCUCCUUCUCUCAACUCCAGUCUUUUCAGCUGGGAAACGGAUAAUAGCUCCAGUACUUGUGGUCUUACAACACGACCAAUUGAUAACAUCUUUAAAUUUCACAAAGCAAUCCGGAAAGAUUUGGAAUUUCUAGAUGUUGAAUCUGGGAAACUUGGUGAUUGUGAUGAAACUUUCCUCAGACAGUUCAGUGGUAGAUUUCGUCUUUUAUGGGGCUUAUACAGAGCUCAUAGCAAUGCAGAGGAUGAUAUUGUAUUCCCUGCCUUAGAGUCCAAGGAAACACUUCAUAAUGUUAGCCAUUCUUACACCUUGGAUCACAAGCAGGAAGAAGAACUCUUCGAGGAUAUCUCUUCUGCGCUAGAUGAGCUUUCUCAGCUUCAUGAGAGUUUGAACGCAAAAAAUGUGGCUGGAAAUUUGGGUGAAAGUUCCUCUGGUUCCUUAACUGGUGUUGAUUGUUUGAGAAAGUAUAAUGAGCUGGCAACAAAGAUUCAGGGCAUGUGCAAAUCCAUUAAAGUAACUUUAGAUCAUCAUGUUAUGCGGGAAGAGGUUGAACUUUGGCCACUGUUUGACAGACAUUUUUCUGUUGAGGAGCAAGACAAAAUUGUUGGCCGCAUAAUUGGGACAACAGGAGCAGAGGUGCUUCAAUCAAUGCUGCCUUGGGUAACAUCUGCUCUUACUCAUGAAGAGCAAAAUAAAAUGAUGGACACAUGGAAGAAUGCAACUAAGAACACAAUGUUCAGCGAGUGGCUUGAUGAAUGGUGGGAAGGGACUCCAGCAGCAUCGACACACGUGUCCACAUCAGAAAGUAGUAUCUCACAAGGUUAUGAUAUACAUGAAUCUAUGGACCAAAGUGAUCAUACGUUUAAGCCUGGGUGGAAAGAUAUAUUCCGCAUGAACCAAAAUGAGCUUGAAUCAGAGAUAAGGAAGGUCUCUCGUGAUUCAACUCUUGAUCCAAGAAGGAAAGCCUACCUUAUUCAAAAUCUAAUGACCAGUCGGUGGAUAGCUUCUCAGCAGAAAUAUUCACAAUCAAGAACUGGUAAAGCUGACGAAGGUGAAGAUUUACUUGGACGCUCCCCAUCGUUUCGUGAUCCUGAGAAAAAAAUCUUUGGAUGUGAGCAUUAUAAAAGGAACUGCAAACUUCGUGCUGCUUGUUGUGGCAAGUUAUUUGCAUGCAGGUUCUGCCAUGACGAAGUCAGUGACCAUUCAAUGGAUAGGAAAGCAACAUCCGAAAUGAUGUGCAUGAAUUGCCUACAAAUUCAGCCUGUUGGGCCAGUUUGCUCAACCCCUUCUUGCAAUGGGCUUCCAAUGGCGAAAUACUAUUGCAGCAGCUGUAAAUUCUUUGAUGAUGAACGGGAAGUCUAUCAUUGCCCUUUCUGCAAUUUGUGCCGUGUGGGAAAAGGACUUGGUAUAGAUUUCUUCCAUUGCAUGACCUGCAAUUGUUGCUUAGCCAUGAAACUAUCAGUUCACAAGUGCUGGGAAAAGGGUCUGGAAACUAACUGCCCCAUAUGCUGUGACUUUUUGUUUACAUCAAGUACAGCUGUGAGGGCUCUGCCAUGUGGUCAUUACAUGCAUUCUGCUUGUUUCCAGGCAUAUGCAUGCACACAUUACAUCUGUCCCGUUUGCAGCAAGUCAAUGGGAGAUAUGUCGGUCUACUUCGGCAUGCUUGAUGGUUUAAUGGCUUCGGAGGUGCUUCCAGAAGAAUAUAGAAAUCGAUGUCAGGAUAUCUUAUGCAAUGACUGUGAUAGAAAAGGAACAGCACCAUUUCAUUGGCUAUAUCAUAAGUGCGGCUUCUGCGGUUCAUAUAACACCAGAGUAAUCAAGGUUGAUCAAGAUCAUGAUUGUAGUUAAUCAGGAAAGGAAAUUGGAAUGCUUCCAACAAUUUGUUCAUAUGUGUAUAAAUCGUUGGUGGUACGAUGUGGGCUAUUACAUGUAAAUCGCGGAAUCAUCUAUAACAAAAUUUUGUCUUCCCUUUUUACGUGGAACAGAGAGAAUCUGCUAUUGGGAAGUGCUUAAUAAUAAAAAGCACUGUACAUUCUAUAGGUAAAUAUGAGAAUAAUAAAAUUUAGCCAUGGCUAUGUGGUUUCUUUUCGAGUCCAAA